AUUUUAUGAAAUACCACCAAUUCAGGAUCAAACUCAGCAUCCAAUUCCUUCUAAAGACAUGGUUCAGCAUGUUCAUCAUAUAGAAGUAGAGCAUAGCGCAGCCCAAACCACAAUAUCCAGUGUAGAGACUGAACUUCUUGUAGUCCCAUACAAUAUUACAGCUCUUCCUCCAAAACACCAAGAGAUGACCCUUGUACCUGAAGAUCAAGUUCAGGCUCAGCAUGUAAACCCAACUCAAGCCACAAUUCAUCCCUCACACCCAGAGUUUUCCAUAACUCCACGGCCUGCUACAAUGGUUAAACGUUCAGCACCAGUUCAGCCUACAGAGUCACCUAAGGAGACUGUAGCUCAAUCUUCAUUACAUGUUGAAAUGACAGUUCUAAUUCAUGAUCAGUCUCAGCAUCCAAACUCAGAGGCUAUACAUUCCACCCUCCCAAUAACUAAUCAACAGAUUACAUAUUCUAUAGUCCCAACAGCUAAUCAACCAGAUACUGCAUAUUCCACCAUCUCAACAACUAAAGAGACUACACAUCCUACAAUCCCAACAGCUACUCAUCCAGAAGCUACAUUUCCCAUAGUCCCAACUACAUCCCCUUCUCCAACACAACAUGAGGUGACACUUCCGCCUUCAAACCAGGUUCAGACUCAGCAGCCAAAUCCAACUGAAGUCACAACUCAGUCUUCACACAGAGAACCUUCCACAACUCCACAAUCUGUUACAGUAAUUAGCCAUUCUCCUGAGACUACAUCUCAGUAUACAGAAAAUUAUGAGACAACAGUUCUAACAUCAGCUCAAGAUCAAGAUCAGUCCCCAAUCUCAGAAACUAUAGAAGGUGAAGUUCCAACAACCACAGCUCCUUCAUCAUAUCCUAAGGUGAUACUUCCACCUACAGAUCAGGUUCAGACUCGGCAAAUCCCAAAUGAAGUCACACUUCAACCGAUGGAUAUGGAACUUACCGUGACCCCAUAUGCUACAAAUUCUAAUACAGAAAAAGAGUUAAUCAUUAAAAUAAAACAAAAUGCCUCCACAGGCAUCAGCAUAUGUGACUUCUGCUUGUGUGAAAAUGAGACACUGUUGUGUAUUCAUCUGAGCCCAAUGCGGAGACUCCACCAAGUGCCUUUGCUAAGGCCCAACACCUACAAAGGCACCUUAACUACUUUGAAUUUCCAAGGAAAUGUUAUUUCUUACAUUGACAAAAAUGUAUGGAAAGCAUACCGUUGGGCUGAAAAACUAAUUCUCAGUGAAAAUCAUCUGACUGAAUUACGUAAGGACUCAUUUGAAGGCCUACUCUCCCUCCAGGUUUUGGAUUUAUCUUGCAAUAGAAUACGCUAUAUUGAAAGAAGGGCAUUUGAGUCAUUACCUUUUCUGAAGUAUAUGAACCUUGGGUGCAAUUUACUUGCUGAGCUGAGCUUUGGAACAUUUCAAGCAUGGCAUGGGAUGCAGUUUUUACAGAAGUUAGUUCUCAGCCGAAACCCUCUGACAGUUGUUGAAGAUCCUUAUUUUUAUAAAUUGCCAGCAUUAAAAUAUCUAGACCUGGGAACAACACAAGUACCGCUGACAACGCUUGAGAACAUCCUCAUGAUGACUCUGGAACUGGAACAUCUGGUCUUACCUAGACACAUGGCCUGCUGCCUCUGCAAAUAUAAAAGUGAUAUUGAGGUUGUCUGCAAGACAAUCAAACUGCAUUGUCAUACUGGAUGUCUGACAAACAUCACACAUUGUCUUGAAGCAUCUAUAGGGAACCCAGAAGGACCAUUCAUGAAGGUGUUGCAGGCACGGAAGGAGAAUACCAGCACCGAGCUCACUAUUGAACCGGAAAGGGGCUAUUCAGAAAAAGAUGAUCUUAGCUCUUCAGGCUUCAUGAAUGAACAACUCGACUUUAACGAUGAAAGUGAUGUUAUUAGUGCCCUAAAUUACAUACUGCCAUAUUUCUCAGAGGGAAAUCUGGAAGACGUAGUAUCAACAUUGUUACCAUUCAUUAAACUGCUGUUUUCUAAUGUACAAAAUGCAGAUAAUUCACUGGAACCCUACAAAAAUGAUUCAGGGAGCCUUGCUCUUAACCCUGUACCAAAGGCAAAUAAGUUGGCUUACAAAAAUAAACUGAAUAAGCUUUAUUUUCUAGAGAAUUUGUUAGAUGCAGAAAUUGAUGAGGUUAGGAAGAAAGAGAAAACUGCCAUGCUUAUGCAUCAGUCUAGCCGCUUGAGUCCCAAAUUUAAAUGGCGAAUAUUUGAAAAGAGAUGGGAACCUGCCCGUGCAGAGGAAGACAGUCUUGCAGAGAUUGAGAAGGCAGAGAAAGGACUCCUCCACAGGAUGGACACAGUGCUCAAGGGGACAGGAAGCAUACAGAAAAGGCACUUCAAGGAAGUGAGUGACAAGAGCCUGUGGAGUAAGCAGAGUGUCCGGACACCUGUGGAGAACAUCGCCAAAGAUGGGCAGCUCAGGGGCCCACCCACCACAGAGCUGCAGCAGUUCAGUCUGGUGCAGAAGCCCAGGAAGUUAGUGGGAAAUUCCUUCCACUCAGAGCCAGUGCUUCCAACAGAACCCGGGGAGGCAGUGUCUUCUUCCCCAGAACCGUCCCUGGUGGACAAAGCUCCCACUACAAAUUCGCUACCUGAGUUCAUAGAUAGACGAAAAGACUUGUCUUACACCAUUUUUGUUUUAGAAAGUGCAAAUGCCAAUGUGAAAAGAAUGACGGGGUCUAAUAACCCUAGUUUACAGUCUGAAAAGAGACAUGGAAACCUUAGGAAGAAAAAAUCUCAUUUCCAGUUGAUUGCAAAGAGGCCAGCAUCCUCUGCAGUAAGGAGCCUGGUAAAUUCCCCUGCACGAGGAGUCUUUUCAUCUGCAGGAGACAUGACUUAUGCAGAAAAGCCUUUUUCAGAAUCAUAUGCUGCUUCAGAACCUCCUACAGAAAAACUUCUUGAAGAAAACCAGGAUGCAAUAGAUAAUAGUGACGAAACCAUCUUCAGACCAACCAUCGUUAUACCUGAAGACACUGCAUCAGAAAAUACACCCCCUGAGAUUCCUGCUUUAGAGUCUAAUGUGCCUCCAUCUGAUUUAAUUCCAACUGUUCAGCAAACCAAAGAGCCACAUUUAGACUUCAUGUUGGACUCUGACUCACAUGACCGUUUCGACCCACAGAACCAUUUAGACUCACAGGAGCAUUUAGACUCACAGGAGCAUUUAGACUCACAGGAGCAUUUAGACUCACAGGAGCAUUUAGACUCACAGGAGCAUUUAGACUCACAUGACCAUUUAGACUCACAGGACCAUUUAGACUCACAGAACCAUUUAGACUCACAUGACCAUUUAGACUCACAGAACCAUUUAGACUCACAUGACCAUUUAGACUCACAGGACCAUUUCGACUCACAUCACCAUUACAAGGAAUUUGCUUAUCCAUUGCUGAUGUCACCGGGUGAACACUUUGAAUCUCAGCUAAACCAGCAGCUGCGGCCCCUCAUCCCCAACAACAACGUGAGAAGGCUUAUUUCUCACGUUAUAAGGACUUUGAAGAUGGACUGCUCUGACACCCGCGUGCAACUGUCCUGUGCCAAGCUCAUCUCCAGAACAGGCCUCCUGAUGAAGCUUCUCAGUGAGCAACAAGAAUUCAAGUUGUCCAGGACAGACUGGGAUACAGACCAGUGGAAAACUGAGAAUUACAUCAAUGAGAGCACAGAAGCCCAAGGUGAACAGAAGGGUCUGGAACCAAGUCAGCUCACAAAAGAAGUUCCAGGAUACGGCUACAACAACAAAGUCAUCUUGGCAAUAUCUGUAACUGUAGUAGUGACAGUUUUGAUUAUCAUUUUCUGUCUCAUUGAGGUUUAUUCUCACAGAGCAGCGAGAGAGGGAGAUGAAGAAAAGUCCGCAGGGGGUAAGAAAUGCUACAAGGACAGUGAGAGUCAGGAAGGGUUUUUCUGGCUAAGGUGGCCAUUAUGGCUUAGGGAUAUGUACAGGCCUCUUCACGAUACACGCAAGAAAAACAUGGCUCAGGAUCUACAGGACAAGGAGUCCUCUGGCGAGGAGGAGAUCUUCAAUAAGGAAAUAUCAGGGGAGGUCAAGGAAGAAGUGGUCGUGGUGCUGCCAGCUCUGAAAGCGUCGACCACUGAUGCAGAAGAGAGUGAAGCAGCCGAUGACGCUGAAGGCACAGAAUGAUCUGCUAUCGUUUAUUAAUAAAUUAUUUUUUUUAGA